CUUCAUGUGCCAAACACCUCAACGCUUCCUGGGCCGAAGAGAACCCCACUGUGUCGCCGCGCGCGGACGCGACUGAGUGCCAUGGCGGUGCUCAUCGAUGGGCUUUGGCGCUUCGUCUUGCGGCCACUGGGCCGUCCGGACCGUCCAGAGGGCGCUCGAUUGAGAUGCUUGUGGUGUUGGAGACGCUUCUGCGGAUCGCAAGACCAAGUGCUGCAUGUCUUUGUGAGCUCUUCUGGGUUGGAGAAGUGCCAUUGGAAGUGGCUGAAGAGGCCGCCACCACCACAGGAGGGCUGCGUGCGUUGCGUGUGCAUCUCCGACACUCAUUUGCAGCACGAGGACCUUCACCUCCCGUACGGCGAGAUCCUCCUCCACUGUGGCGAUGUGUUGCUGGAGAGCAGAGGUCUGCAGGCCAGCGCCCUGGAGGCCUUGAGGAGCUUUCAUCGUUGGAUCGAGCAGCAACCGCAUCAGCAUAAGUUGCUGGUGGCCGGGAAUCAUGACGGUGUGUUGCAAGCACUGGGCCCGGAACGUGUACAAGAAGUCCUGCCAAAGUGCACUUACUUGCAGGAUCAGGGCAUCGACUUGGAAGGCCUGAAGCUCUAUGCGUCGCCGCUGUCCAUGGGACAAAGCCCAAACGCCGCUUUUCAGAGCCAUGGUGGCUAUGAUGAGCGCGCUGCAUGUGAAGCCAUUCCAGAAGGCCUCGACCUCUUGAUCACCCAUGGCCCCGCUGGACAGGGAGCCCUGGGCCGUGCCAGCGCAGCACUGGCGGAGCGCAUCUGCAGGGUGAAGCCUCGCGUGCACGUCUUCGGACACUACCACCUGGGUCAUGGCAUUUCUUUGCAGGAGGUGAUUGAAGUCAACGCGUCCUCUGCGGACGCGCUGUUCGCAGUGACUCAUCCACCAAUCAUUUUGGAUAUCCAGCCGCGCCGAAGGGCACAAAAGGAGCCGAAAUGCUAAGACAGUCUUGGCCCCAUAGGACUUCGGGCUG